AGUUCAGAACACAGUCACACUUGAACUGUUGAACACCUUCCAGGCAUCAGGCCACGCUUUAAUAUCAUCACUAUCACUAGGCUGCAAUGGCUGCAACUCGUGCAAAGGCAGUCGUGUUUGCUCUAGUGGUGCUGCUUGUGUGCUCCGCCCAGCAAUCCAUGGGGGCAAGGAGGCGCAUGGAGCUGUACCAACCCAAUCCGGCUGAUAUGCUCUCCUACCACAACGGCCAAGUGCUCCACGGUGACAUUGCCGUGUCCAUCCUCUGGUACGGUCAGUUCACGCAGGUGCAGAAGACCAUCAUCUACGAUUUCAUUCUCUCGCUGACGAUGAUGCCCCAGGCCGCCUCGCCGUCGGUUGCGCAAUGGUGGAACACCAUGGACCAGCAAUACCUGUCCAAGGCGGUGCAAGCCACACCAAAUGCCGCCGGGGAGGCCAAGAAGACCCAGGUGCUCCUCGCCAACCAAGUGUCCGACGACAACUGCUCCAUGGGCAAGUCCCUCACCCUGGCGCAGGUCACCGCUCUGGCCGCGAGCGCCAAGCCCAAGAAGGGCGGCGUCGCGUUGGUCUUCACGGCGCAGGACGUCACCGUGGAGGGCUUCUGCAUGAGCCAGUGCGGCCUGCACGGCUCGGACGCCAACUCCGGCACGGCCUACGUCUGGGUCGGCAACUCGGCGACGCAGUGCCCCGGCCAGUGCGCGUGGCCUUUCCAUCAGCCCGAGUACGGCCCGCAGGGCCCGCCACUCAUGCCGCCCAACGGCGACGUCGGCGUGGACGGCAUGAUCGUCAACCUGGCGAGCGAGUUCGCCGGCGUGGUGACCAACCCGUUCGGUGACGCGUACUACCAGGGCUCCAGCGACGCGCCGCUGGAGGCCGCCACGGCGUGCCCGGGACAAUUCGGGAGCGGCUCUUACCCGGGAUACGCCGGCAACCUGAAGACCGACCAAGCGAGCGGUGCCAGCUACAACGCCAAUGGCGCGCAAGGGAGGAAGUACCUGCUUCCGGCGCUCUUCGACCCUUCCACUUCUGCUUGUAGCACGUUGGUGUAGGGGGGAACAGCAAUGCAGGAUUGUCAGUCUUAGUUUCUCUUGCGAAGGUUGUGUAUAUAUCAGUUCAGAACUUGAGAUCAUGUGUAAUUCUUUCAUUUUUAGAGAUUCAUCAAAUUCUCUUCGUAAUAAUGUUGAUGGGGAGCAACUAAGGUUGGUCCAAGUCAAAUCA